UCCAUUUCCCUAUCUAACUUCACUAGUGUACCAAAGCUUAAAUCCUAAACUAUCUAAUUCUUUUGCCUUUUUCCCCACCCACUUAGUUUCUUGUAGGCACAUAAAAUUAAUCCUCCUCCUAGUCAUCCUAGUCAUAGUGUCUACUACAUCCAUAAAUUUUUCUGAAAGAGUGUCUAUAUUCUACGUUCCAAAACGAAUUCUAUUAUCAUGAACUAGCUUCUUUACCCGCACCCGUUCAGGAAGAUGUGGGAACCCUUGUUUAUUUUUCACUGCAUCUAGGUGACGAUGCAACGACCCUUGUUCAUUUCACACCGUAUUGGAGCUAUACAACGGUUGCUUUCGUGCAACAACCUAGCAUUCAGACUAUUUCGUAUUUGGUUAAUGUCACAGAAAUUCGACAAAGUUUUAAGUUGGUUGUCGAGGUCGAUAUUGUUUGUAUCUGUUUUAUUUUCUUGAUUGUCAAUUGCAACGAGAAGUCAAAUGGUACAAAUAGGUCGAUCGUAGAAAAUAGCAUCAUGGGGUGGAGGAGAGAUUGAUUAGUGCUUUGAAGGGAAUAAUUUACAUCUUAAAGAAGUUUUCAAGGAUUGUAUUCUCUCAUUUGAAGAUGCCAAUGUGAGAGAUAUGAGGGUGGAGUCGAGUUCUUGAGGGAUUGUGAAAGAAACAUCAUUAAAGAACUCAUAUUCAAAUACAAUUUUUAUUAGGAAAUGUGGUGGGAAUGAUAAGGGUGAAAAUUGAUUCUUGAAAACUCCAGUUUAAUAGAAAGCGUUGUUGCAAUGUUGUAGAGUCCGGUAUGUCUUCGUAGGUAGAAUUGGACAGAACAUGAUGUCUAUCGUAUCUAUUUCUUUCACCUUGUAAUAUACUAUUUAUUUCAUUUGAAACACGAAACCAUAAGCUGAGGUUAUUUGAUGAUGAUGAUGAUAAAUUUCAAAAGAACAACUAAUUAAAAGCCGCAAACACAAAUUUCAUUUGAUGAUGAUGAUAAAAAUAAUAACAUGUAGUAUAUAAGAAACAAAGGAUACACCAAACAAUGGCAGAUGGAGAAUAUUAUUUAUUUGACAACAUUUCAGCUUAUCAAAUUCGCAGAACACCUCUGAUUUCUACCGCGCAGCAAGAUAGAUGUGUGUGGAAACUUGAGAAAAACAGUAUCUAUUCCGUUCGUAGCGCAUACAGGAGCAUCAUGGAAAAGGAUGUAAAUUCUCAUCAGCACGGAAUUGAUGGUAAUUGGAAGCAAAUUUGGCGCAACAAAAUACUUCCACGGGAUUAAGAACUUUCUUUGGCGAGUUACUCGCGAAUUUCUUCCAACAAAGGGUUCGACUGCAGGCUAACGGAGUCAAUUGAACCCAACAGUGUCCGUUCUAUAAUGACCACGAAGACAACAUGCACACAUUAUUUCUAUGUGGCAAAAUCGCCCAAUGUUGGCAGCUGCUGGGUCUUUGUUAAGACAUAACUGUUGCGAUUUUGAAUCCAGGUGAUAUCUCCUCUAUAUUUUUGCAAUUCUGCAUCGUUUAGAGCCCUCACAACAGCCAAUCUUUAGCACGCUGAUGUGGAUCAUUUGAAAAAAUAGAAAUAAUAUGGAAUGAUACCUCAGACAAGUGUCAGGUUAUCUGUGAUAGAGCCACGAUGUUGUUUUCAAGUUGGAAGAAUGCUCAGGAGGUAAAACAAACAUCAAGUGUAUCUCAUGCGGUCAGGCACGUUGAGAAAUGGGUUAAACAAUCUCAGGCAGGUACAAGUGUAAUGUUGACGCUUCCUGUCUGAAGCUCUGGAUAGAGUGGGCAUAAGAAUCUAUAUCAGAGAUGAAGAAGAAGCUUUUGUGUUGGCCGGACCGAAUGGAUAUUGAUAUUGAUGUUGAUCUCCUCUUCUUGAUAUUGAUGUUGGAGUGGCGCUUAAGUUGUUAAAGGCUAUGGAAUAGGCAAGAGAGUUACAAUUGUAGAACAUGUAUUUCGAGGUAGACGCCAAGACAAUUGUAGACAACAUAUAUGGGAAGCAGAUCGGUGUAUCGGAAUAUAAUGAAAUAAUUAGUAAAUGUGCUUAUAUGUCAAAUUCAUUAGGAGACAAUCAAACCAAACUGCUUAUGGGUUAGCUAGGGUGGCUCCUACGGAAACUAGUUUCCAUGUUUAUUCUCACAUCCCAACAUGUAUUGAAUCUAUUUAUUCUGCCACGUCAUUCUUGAAUCUUUCUUGAUAAAAUCAUUCUUGAUAUGCAUCAAGCCUAUUCUUGUCAAAAAAAGAAACAAAGGAUGGAAAUGAGGUAGGUCCUCCAAAACACUUCUCGCAGUCUUGAGUCUGAGGGUGUGUCUGAGGGAUGGGAGCCAUGCUACCUCCCUCGUUAUGAGAAAUUGAUUUUUCUCUCUUAAUUUUUCUCAUGUCAAACACAAAGUUUUAAAAAAGACGAUUAAGAUGUUUUUAACCCCACCAACAGAUGAGUAAGAGCCUCGACUUAACCAUUCAUUUGGUGAAAAUCAUACCACUUCGUCUCAUGUUGUUGUUCAGAGACAACACAUAUAUAAGACGGAUAAUAAUGAGAAAGGUAUAAAUUAAGCAAUGUCUCCAAAACCAAAACCAAAAGAAGUUGUGAGAUUAAGGAACAAAUUAUUCCUAAGCUUUUUGAUAUGGCAAUUAAUACCCUCAACUAUCAUCUUCCUUCUCUACUUUUCCAUUAUCCCCAACACCUCAUUUUCCUCCUUUCCCAAUUCAUCUUCUCCGUUUCUAUCUCCUUAAUCCCUCCACCUUUUGGUCCUCGUAAAAUCAACCCCUCGCUCGCUUUCAUUCUCUUUGUCCCCAUCACCGUGUUCACCUGGUCCGUUGCGGCACUUUGUCUCUUUGGAAGAGUUGGCUUUCCAUUGUUGGUUUCUUUCUUUCUGCUAUUUUAUCGAUGCUGAUUCCUUACCUUUACACGCACCACAUUGCAACUUGGGAGUUUGUAGCCGAGCAGAUUGUGUUUUUGGUUCCUACUUUUGCUAUCUUCUUCUGUUGGGAAUUGACUCAUACUUUACAUCGGGUUUUACAUACCAAGAGAUUCAUAUUUGCUCCCCCAAAAGGAUCAGCAGCCGCAGAGAAAAAUCCAAGUGAGCUCCUCCUUUCAGUUCUAGAGGAGAGUAAUCCAACAUCUCUUCUUCGAUAUCAUGCUUAUCUUGAUCUCUGUAUGGUUUCCGAGAACAAUGUUGACGCUUGGCGGCGUGCAGCAUUUUUUGAAGAAACCGGUGAGACUUACAAAAGGGUAAUUGCUGUGUGCUUGAGGCCUCUGGAACAACUUGCCUCAAGAUUAGGCGAGGACUUGGGGAAUUCUGCCGACAAACCUACAAAUCUAUCAAAUCAAUUAUCCUCCCCAACAGAUGUGAAGCACAUAGAAGAACUGGAUAACUUCCAGCCAUAUGCUUGGUGUUCGAGGAUUGUUGCCUCACUGACUGCCCGUUCACGCAAAGAAGAUAAGUUUGGGGUUGCUCAGCUUUCUGGGAAUAACGCUGCUGUGGUUUCGACCCUGAUAUCAUGCCUUCUUGCUGUUGAGAAUUUCAUGGGAAAGAAAACAAACCUGCAAUCACCAAAUCAGUUGGGAUCUGCUGUUAAAAGAGAAAAUGGGCCAGUGAAUUCAAAAGCUUAUGCUAUUGCUGAUGUUCUCAAGACAUCAAUCUAUCAAAUAGUAUCUGCAUUCCAUGAUGAGAUGUUGUCUGAUACUAAAUCAAGUCUUCUGGAGAAGGACUGGAUCCCAAGCAAGAAACCACUUUUUGGUACUCGCGAGAUGCUUAUUCAAAAAUUACGUCUUUUCCUUGUUUUUCGGGCUACCUAGAUGGUACAUUGUUACGUGGUUUGGUUGCUACUUAACUGGACUAAACAACAUGCUUGUAAGAGGCUAUACAAAUUGGAUGUAUUCAAGUAGAGUUGAUAAUUAUAUAGUUGGUAGGGAUAGAAGGAAAAGGUUCUCAA